AUGUCAAAUCCAGUUACUGACAUUCGAAAUUUAACCACCACUUCUACGAUACUUGGUGGUGUAAAUCCAACUGAUAUUUAUCUAUUUUACGCUACUGGUCUAUUUGGCAUAUUAACAAAUAUUUUAACGAUCGGAUGGCUCGUUUUUAUCCCAUCAUUUCGAAUUAAACAUAGUUGUUUUCUUUAUCAUCAUUGUCUAAUUGGUCUCAUAGAAUCUCUUUUAUGUAUACCUUAUGCUACCAGUUAUUAUACAAAUGCAAGUAAAAGAUUUAAAAUUCCGUGUAAUUAUAUGGGUAGCUUACAUCAAACAUCCGUAACUGCACAAGUACUAAAUAUAGCAGCAAUGCUUGCAUCAGAAGCCUAUCGUUUUGAAGAAUUAUUACACGACGAAGUAACACCAUCAACUGAUCACCAUCAUCACCAUCAUCAUCAUCAACAUCAUCAUCAUCAUGAAGAAACAAAGUCAACAGUAUCAUGUAGUUGUCUUAUGUUUGGUAUCGGUGUUAUAUGGUGUUCAUCCAUCAUUCUACAUUUAGGUAUAACAUUGAUUGGUUCUGAAUCACGAAAUUACUAUCAUUCGCAAUGGAAAUAUUGUAGUUUUAUUAUAACAGAUAUUAGUGGUUAUGUUUUGUAUUUAAUGUGGAUUAUUAUUACUGUUCUUUCUCUAUUAGCAACAAUUCGUUAUAUACGUAAAUUUUUUUCAGAAGUAAAUGAAAAACGAAAAAAUAAUGCACCAUUACUCUCGUUAAGCGUUAUUAAACAAGGUAUUUAUAUCGCUAAUAAAGAAUUGAUUAUGCAACAAAUAUUACAACGAAUUAAACUAAAUAUUAUUCUUAUUGUUUUAUUUAUACUAUUUUGGUUACCAUUGUUUAUUGUAACA